AUGAAGAAGUUCACUGGCUUCCUCAAGAGUAAAACUUCUGAUGAUCCGCGGGUGUCCAGUCCCGGUGUGCCCAAAUACCACACCUACUACCAGCCUCUGCAUAGGAUCCACAAGGCUGUAGCCUUAGGAUAUGCAGACCUGGUGUCAGUUUAUCUGUCUUGUAAGGAGUCUUACAAGAGCAAAAGAGAUCACAAGAAUAGGACUCCCCUUCAUUUUGCUUGUGUAUAUGGGCAUCCUGAAGUGGUAAAGCUCUUGGUGGAGAAGAAAAGCAAUGUUAAUGCAGUUGAUUGCAACCAUGUCACGCCUCUCAUUAAGGCUGUUCAGUGCAGACAGGAGACAUGUGUGACCAUCCUUCUUCAAAAUGGUGCAGAAACGAACAUCGUAGACAACGCAGGCAACACGGCUCUGCACUAUUCGGUCUAUAAUGCAGACAUAGCGACUGCUUCAAUACUGCUACAAUAUCAUGCAGAUAUUAACUUGGAGAAUGAGAAGCAACUGCCACCACUUUUACUGGCUCUUCAACAAAAACAUGAGGAGAUGGCAAUAUUUUUAAUUGAGAACAAUGCCAACAUCUUUACAUGUGAUAGGGUGCACAGGACCAGCCUCAUCUAUGCCAUUAGAUCUGAAUUAGGAAAGGCUGUACAGAUUCUCCUUGAGAGAGGUAUGGCUGUCAAGACUAAAGAUGCUUAUAAUCUCACGGCCAUUGAGUAUGCAGCUAAAAAUCAAAAUCAUAUGUAA